AGGGUGAAGAGGCCCAUGAAUGCUUUUAUGGUGUGGUCACGGAGUGAGAGGCGCAAGGUGGCUUUGGAGAACCCCAAAAUGCACAACUCAGAAAUCAGUAAGCAAUUAGGGGUUACUUGGAAUCUUCUGACAGAAAAUGAAAAGCGACCAUUCAUUGAUGAAGCCAAAAGGCUGCGCGCUAAACACAGGGAAGAGUUUCCGGAUUACAAAUACCAGCCCCGACGGAAAACGAAAUCAUUUCUGAAAAACACUUAUAAGGACAAGAAUCGCUGCAUUAAAGAGACAGAUUCGUUGAUACAACAACCAAAAAACUUUACUACCCAAACCUAUGAAAAUACCACAUUGGUUCCAGAAAUCUCCAAUUUCAACUACUCACAGCCAGCCUGCACCAAACCCCCUCCCAUGUGCCUGGAAAACUGGAUUAAUAUGAUAAACCUGCCGCCUGAACAAGAAAAUACAGAGAUUUGGCCAUUGCAGGGUAGCUGUUUUCAGAAUUUCGGGACUGCGGUAAAUAACAUUAACUCAUUUAUGAAACUCGAAUCUAGUGAGAAUUUCUAA